AUGGCAACAACCCUCACCCUCCCCCUCGCAGAUGUCCGCGAGCUUCUGGAGGAGAACGCAGACCGCACUGCAAAGCGGGUCGCCUCGGAGCUCGAGCCCGUGAUUGCAGCACUAUCGCGAAAGCUCGAGGAGAGGUCCAAUGAUUCGGAGCGCGUGUACGCGGCUUUGAUGACAGUGCUUUCGGGGGCACAGAAGGUGCAGUUCAAGAUCGCUUACGAGGCAACUAAGUCAGCGCCGACAUGGCGCGAGACAGCACCUGAAGAUUCCAGCGAUGAUGAGGAAUCGACGCCUCAGCUGCCGAAGCCUUGGGUCAUCAAGAGGGGUCUAGUUUCGGUGACAGAAGGCAUCAGAACCCUUGGGCUCGGUUCCGAAGUGUCGUCGCCUGAUUCGAAGCCCUUCUGGGACCCAACUGGUAGGAACGUCAGCGUCACAUCGCAUGACAACCGAAAAGGUCAAGCCAAGUUUGAGCAAAGCUCAAAGCAGCUCACGCCCCUGCACAUCAUGGCGAAGGUUCCUAAUAUCGUCAUGUGGUUCGACUCCACCAUCAUCUCCACCAUCAUCUCCACCAUCAUCUCCACCAUCGAUUGCGACGCCAUCUUCAUCACCUCCUCCAUCCUCUGCCUCUUCACCCUCGUCGCCUUCACCACCAACCCCUUCGCCAGCUGCAAGGAUCCCUCUUUCUGCGCAACAGCAGAGCCCAACCUCCGUCAAGUCGCAUUCUCUGACAGAGUUGUCGACCGCAUCGCCAGCUCUAGCUCCACCGCCGGCACCUCAAGGGAUGAAGACAAGACUGCAGGCGUACCCUCAAGAAUGCUCCCGGCACUUACUGUCAAGGUCCAAGACACCACCCCGAUUACCCUGGACACGGGUAUGGACGGCGUUAUUGCUACUACCCCCGCGAUCACUCUCAACGCACGAGCAACCACACAAAACAUGGGCGGAGGACCCAGUGUUCGCGUUACUCCCGUACCUGCCAGCGUGCCAGCUCCAUUCACGGCUAUUGCGAGUAUCUCAACUGCGACAGACAGCUCCAGAGACGCUCAGAUGGAUGACGCACCUGCCUCUGUCAAAACCGUCACUGACACUACGCAAGUCACAGCAACAGAUGCCCAGAUGGAUGAUGCAUCAGCCUCCGUCGACACCACCUCCACCGACACUACACAAGUCGUAGCUGCAGAUGCCCAGAUGGAUGAUACACCAGCGUCCGUCAACACCAACGCCAACGCAAUUCGAGCACCAGCUGCACAUGUCCAACAGCCAGCAGCCUCAAGCUCGGCGCAGGUCACGGCUGCAUCUGUUUCUCCACAAUACACUUCAUCUCCGACAGCGGAUCAAGCGAGCCAAGCGACCUCUGACGCAGAACGGCUUCCCCUAAAUAUUAAAGAGUUCAAAACAGCUCAUGCUGCUAAGACAGGGCCCUUGAAGACUCUCAAUGUGGGCAUGAAGCGCAAGGCUGCCGAUGGAAAGUAUUCGGAGUGGAGCAAGCCGACUGUCAUACAAUGCGAUCCUGAGAUUUUUGAUCUCCCUGCCAGCGAGGGCUAUGACAACGGGCUUUUUUGCAGUAUCCGCAAGACCGUACGACGAAAUGAAAAAAUGGCAACAACUCAGGCAUGGUUCGAAGCCUUUUGUCCAAGCACAUUGGAAAUCCCCGUUUGGGCGUCCUGUCUGAGCCGUCGGAUUCGCAACCAUGCAGAUUGGUUUGAGAAUUUGGAUGAUGGCCAAAAUCCGAUACUCCGAGAGAAGUACAAGGAGUUCACCAAUCUUACCAAGGCUUGUGGGCAUCUCCCGGACGUCUGGAAAUUUCGCCCUUGGCUUGAAAAGAUUGUCCUACCCUUCCUGGUGACAGAGUUCAGUCCGGAACUCACCCUGAUCAUCCCGGUGUCAGACACCAUUUCAGCUGGUCUAUCGACAGCGAACCGCACCGAUUCACUAUUGGAAAUCUUCCAGGCCAUCGCAAAGGCAUACCUUCGAAUGGUUUUACUCAAGGCGCAAGGCCCAUACGACAAGAUGGACCUCUCGAGAUACGGUGGGCCAACUCUGCUCCCAAAUGACGCGGUCGUUAAUUGGGAAGUAUUGGAAGACAUGGCCAGCAGCAUCGAAGUUAUCCAAGCAAACAAGUUUGGAAAAGACGUGCAGGCGGGAAGGGCCUCGCUCGCAACAUACAGAUCUUCAGUGGAAUUUGCCAUUCGAAGAUUCGGUACCGGCCAUGCCUCUCUAGAGCGCCAGAUUGUGACAGUGAGACAGAACUCGGCUGAGAGACUGGAAGACAUGCACGAGCGUUGGUCGAGUCCAGAUGCGUACCUAAAGGACGCCGAAGCGCAACACAAGCUCGUCUCAGACAGUGGAGUCCAAUAUCUGCAGUACAGGCUGAAGCUUCUCGACCUCAGUCAGCGGGGUGUUCUCGUCGACCCCGCUCUUCACAAUAAUGACAGUAUCGAGCUCCCAGAGAGAAUGCGACGGACGGUCUUUCGCGAGAUCAUCACACGCUUAUGUGUUGCCGACGACGAGUUCUCAGCGAUCAAUCAGCGCAGCAUCUACAGCGCAUCCAGCAACAUUCUCGGAGAGGUUACCGCCACGGCGCUGGAGUUGGAAGCUGGCAUCCUGCAGGGUGUGACACAGCUUGCUGCACAGAUUUCUUUGACGCCUGGAAGCAUCAGCGAGAUCUAUGCUAAUAAGGCCCAAAUGCUCCAGGCGCGACUCAUUGACUUCCCACUCGACACCUUGAAAGAGUGCGUGCUAUACAGCCAUGGUGAUGGCUAUGUACCUACCGUUAUGACUGCCGCAAACUCCAGUAUACACUCGGCGAGGGGUGGCCAGACCAUAAUCGAAACGGUGCCUCACUCCUCAUCCAUGCGUGGGCAGGACAUCAUUGAGCCGCCUCUCAAGCGGCGUCGCCAUCAUGGAGAAUGUGGAGACUGCGCAUUGAGCGGCACGCCAUCGUUCUAUUUCAACGACCAGGUGCCCAGCGGCCACAUUGAUCAUGAGCUUGAGGUGAACCAGGCGCUUGACGAUUGUUAUAACGAAAUUUGGCACCCUGACUCGGACUACGAUUCAGACGACUACGAAGAUGGCGGAUCUGAUGACGGCGAUGAUGCUCCGGCCGGUGACGGAGACGAUUUUUCGGACUAUGAUGGAGAUGAUGAUUCAGAAUUCAGCUCGGACGGCGAUUGA